UCCCCCUGCUUGUGUUCCCUCUCGCUGUGUCUCUGUCAAAUGAUUAAGUAAAAUCUUUAUUAAAAAAAUUCUGCCUGGAUGGGGAAAUAACUUGCUAAUAGUUGAGAGGUUACUUCACAAUAUAACAGGUGACAGUUUUGUGUACUGGGGGGGCAGUGGUUUGGGGGGGUAAUGUGAGGGAAAGGCCUCAGCUAAAUUUGAAUCUUGGUUUGGGGACAAAUUGUGAUUUUAGGAUAGUUGGGUACGUUCUGUUUCAUGUGCCUUUAAAGUAGUCUAUUUUCUAUAUUUUAUAUAAUGUGAAACUGUACGUGACAAAGUUCCGAACCAGAUCACCCAGGCCAUCAGCCUCUAGUAUUCCAACCAUCCCAACAGUCAGGGGACAACGCUGCCGUUUCGAGCAACAGGCACCAUGUGAUUUCUCAUCAAGACAAUCGUGUGAGGUCUUUGCAGGGAGCAACUGAUGUCUGACAACUCAUCACAGGACAGCCUCCAGCGCCCUCUCCCUCUCAUGGAACCGGAUUCCUGGAGGAAGGACCCGCAGGGGCUCGGGACUCCAUGCUUGGUUACUGAUCUGGUAGUACCAUCUGAAAGUUCUCCACGAUAGCAGAGCCAACAGUCCCCCAUUUUGUAUUUGCAGUGGUCUCCAAGGAUUACAGAGACAGCCCUGUUCUCCAGUUUGCUUGAUAAAGACUGUUGCUUUAAAGAGGUUGAGUGAUGAUGAAAAUCAGACUAUCUUCACGGAACACUCUGCUACAAAAAUGAAAAGUGCAGCCAGAAACAAGAAGAUGCUGGAUACAUAGGUAGAUAAGUAGGUUGGUAGGAAGGUAGGUCAGUAGGUAGGUACAUAGAUAAAUGAGGAGAGAGAGAGAGAUCUUGAAUUUUUACCUAAGGAAUGCCAAAGGUAGUAAAAGCAAUCUAUCUGGGGAACCUACGUUCCCUUGUCUCUACAUGUGAGUUGCAAACUAAAACCUUCAGUAGUUACUGUCUGUAUUCUUGGUGUUUCUAGGGUUUCCUGUUGGUUGGCUUGGCUUGGGGUUUGGUCCACGUGGCAGGUAGAUGGUGGUCUCUCCAGAGAACUCAAUUUUAUCUGUUUCUUCCAUUUGGAAGAAAGCUUGUCAUUCAUUCAUUCACUAAAUCUUGGUGACCUAGCCUGAUUCAUUCUGGGGAAUGUUCCACACGUGCUUGAGAAGACUGUGUAUUCUGCUACUCUCGGAGGGAAUGUUCUGAGAUGUCUGUCUGGUCCACUUGGUCUAAAGUCUGGUUCCAAUCCAAUAUGUCCUUAGGGAUUUUCUGCCUGGAUGAUGUAUCCCUUGCUGACGGAGGGGUUCGGAAGUCUGUACUACUAUUACUGUAUCCCUCCCUUGGGAUCUGUUAAUACUGCUUCGUUAAUACUGCUAGGUGCUCUGGUGUUGCAUUAAUGAUGGUGCGUUCAUUUUUACGGUAAAGGGAUCAUUUCAUCAUGAGGAUGUCAUAAAUAUUUAUUCACCAACUAUGUGUAUAUUACAGCCUAAGCAUUGUACUCGAUGUUAGUACUGUCUCAGCCCUGCUCUAGACUUCCCUUAGUCCCAUCAGAGAAAAAAAAAAAAAAAAGUGAAAAGAGGCAUACUUGGUGACACCUGAGAAUUACAUGAAAUUCGAAUUCCAGUGUCCAUAAAUAAGGUUUUAUUAGAACACGGCCAUGCCCUCUUGUCUCGCUAUCACACACUGGCUGCCUUCUUGCUUUGCUAGCAGAGUCACCGUAGGACACGCACAGCCUGCAAAGCCCUAAUACGAUGUGGCCUGUUCCAGAAAAUGUUUGCCAUCCCCUGGUCUAAUACAGGAAGGGAACUGUCUCUUUGUGUGUCUGUCUCUUUUUAGGAACAAGAAGAGUUUUCCUAGAACCCUUUGGCAGACUCUUCCCAAUGCCCUUGGCCUGAGGAUUCCAGAUUUCAUGCUUAACCCAGACACUGGCAGAGGUCAUUAAAAUGACCACGCUGAGCACUGACAUCUUAGCUGGGGAUCAGAUUCCUUCAGCGAGGGAUAUACUCAGGAAGCACGCUCUUAGAAAAGAGAAGAGAAGAAGCGACGGACACUAUGUGCCCCAGUCCAUCCCUGGGCUGCCCCACAUGCACACAUAACUCUGUAAGAAUUUUUAAGAUUCUUAUAUAUUCAUGAAAUGAACUAACCCCUUCCCAAGAGGUAAACAGCCUGAAGCCCAAACCAGUUAGUACUUCCAACUCGGGGGGGGUCAUUUGGCGACACGGAUUAUCCUCUUUAUCAGAUGUGGCACCUCAUGGCCUGGCAACCUGUGACAGGAAGCUAAGUCCUAGACGCCCGAUGUCCCCAACAUGUAACGGGGGAAAGGAACAGGAUGUCUAUCCUAAACGAUCCUCUUUGGAAAAUGCAUGAGCAGAAGCAGAAUCAAUCCCCAGUGGCUGAAGGUUCCGGUAGCAGCAGAGCUGGGUGGUUCUGCCUUAUGGUCUUUUAUGAGGCAGGGUAGACUUUGAGCUGGAGAACAUCUGUCUCCUCGUCCUGUGGCUGUGUCUCCUGAGGCCAGAAUGUCAAGCUGUGAUCGUCGUAGCUACAUCCCUGGGCUUGGCCCUUUGGUGAAAAGGCUAGGACCUGGCCUAUCUUUUCUAGUUAUCUCCCCCAUUCUGUCCCGCUUUCAGCCUCCACGCCCCUGACCUGUGGUUUAGCACAGGGCUUGGCAAACACGACCGGCUCGCCGGCCAAAGGCCUGCUUUUUUAAGGCCCCAGAGCGAAGAACGCAUUUUGGUUCUUAAAGAGUGCUAAAAAAAACGUGGAGAAGAAUGCAGCAACGACCUUAGGCGGCCCGGGACACCUAAACCCUUUACCGUCUGGCCCUUUACAGGCCAAGGCGCCGACUCCUGGCUGAGAACUUGAGUCGUCCAUCCCUGCCCAUCUCUGAAUCCUUGGACUUUAGACUGUGGGCUUCAGGCAGAAACAAUCUCAGCAAAGCCGUGUUUUCUUCCACUUCUGCUAUUAGAUGAACCACCUUUCGGCUCAAAGAGACGUUUUCUCGCAGGAGCUUAGUGGAAACUCUAGGAAGCUGCACAGGGCACCAGCCCCGAUAGGUUUCUAAAACCUUCCCUGAUACGACGACAUCCGUCAGGACCCCGGAGUCCCGGCAUCGAGCCCCGUGUCGGGCUCCCCGCUCAGCGAGGAGUCCGCUUCUCCCUUUCCCGCUGCCCCUCUCCCUGCUCGCGCUGUCACUCACUCUCUCCCCAAUAAAUAAAAAUCUUAAAAAACCCAAACAAAAGAACAGCGGCAGAGAUGAUCUGGUUGUCAAAGAGACCAGACCAGCCUGAAAGCGUGGAUCCCACCGCCCUCGGCUCUGCCGCCUGCGCCGGCCAGCGGCUCCGCAGAGCGUCUGUGGCUCGGAGCGCCCGCGUGCAGUCCCAUCACUCAGUCGCGAGCCACAGUGACUCCGGCUGAUGCACCCCGGAAGACAUCCCUCUAUGCGCGCGAGCCUCACUCCUUCCGGUGCAGAGCGCGGCACGCCGCGUCCACCUGAUUGGUGAAGACUGCGUCAUGUGACCACGCCCUCGCUGCAAGGGAGGCAUGUGACCACGCCCUCGCUGCAUGGAGUCAUGUGACCACGCCCUCGCUGCAAGGGAGGCUGGGAAAUAGGCAGCGGGCAUUGUCAGCGUCUGCAGGGGGAGGUCAGGGCGGCCACCCACCAAGACUCGGAAGGAAGGGACUUCCCCAGGAGAGGAAGGAAGUUCCAAGGCCGGGAGGUCGAACCCCGUGCGAAGCUCCUGCUGCAUCCUGCCGGAAUCCCGUUCCCCAUCUACCCGCUCGUGCUUCCCACGCUUUAUGGACGCGUCUCUCAGCCACGGCUCCUUGCUCGUAGACAUGUACAGUCUGCACUAUUGUUUGCCGAACAUUGUUCUUCCAAGCAACUAUCUUUUAACAUAAAUGCAUUGAUUCCGAAGGAAAGUAUCGGGUAAGUUGAAAACCAGCAUCGGUUGUCCCAAGUGACCUGGAUAGGAUUUAGAAUGAGAAUGCUAUGAAGUGCACUGCGGGUGUUUGCCUCGUAAUGGCAAUGUAAAAAACCCACAAACCGAUGCUCUUGCUGGUGUGAGGGAAUUCACAGGGGCGCCUGGUUCCUCCCGGUCACGAUUUCCUGAAUCUCCUCUUCCAAGAUGGCCUCGUGAUACGGCCCAAUCCCACACGGAUGUCAGUGAGGCCAUACCUGGAUGUGCACGAUCAGAGGUUUCCAGCCUCCGAGGAAGCCCGGCACGCCCCAUAUCUCACCCCCGCUUCUGACCACACGCCCCACUCGAGCUUCUGGGACGGCAGCGACCCAGGAGGGCGAUGUGUAAUCCCGCGCAGAUGGCUAAUUACAGAGCGUGUCUGGCUUUUUAAGGGGCUGAGGUUUCUGACUCAUUGCCUCUGGGGCCGGAGCUUUGUUUUGUCUUCUCUGAUGGCUGCAUUUCUCCCUCCCACCCAAGGCCAUGGCCCCCAUCUUCUGCGAACAACCAAACCCUCCCCGGAAGGCAAGGCCAGGCCACCUAAGACACUUGGGCCUCAGAACCAGACAGGCCCAGGUUCCAAUCUGACUCAGCAACUAGUUGCAUGGAGGCUUUGCCAAGUGACUAAGAUGCUCGUGUCCUCAUCUGAAAUGGGGUAAUGCUCCGGCCAUCUGGUCUCCUGUUCUGCCCUUGUGUGUUGAGCACCUACUAUGCACCAUAUAGUGGGGUAGGCACAGAGACACAAGGAUGGAUCAGACAGGUCCUGCACACUCAUGGAGACUUCAUUGUAGCAAGGACAAACAGACCGCAAGGAAGAAAAAUAAAAUUACAAAUUGGGAUACAGCCCAUGAAGGAGGCAGGGUGAUGGGAAGACAGCAACUCGGGAGACGAGGACUCAUUGCUGGCGUGACGCUGACACUAAGACCUGCGUUAGGAGGGUCUGAGGACGGAAAGGACAGGGCUAUGGGCCCCGCCGUUACGCAGGGUUGUGGGGAUUCAGUGAGGAAGCCCACGUGUGGGACACGGUCCGGAGGACACUGAGUGCUCGCAGAGCCGCCCAGAACCCUGGCUGACAGAGCAUCUUCCCAUGAAUUGUAUCAUUACAUUUGAUUUUCAUGGCAACCUGUCACACAGAGCAGACACCGUGCACUCCUGUUACUGGUGGGAAAGCUAGAAGAGCAGAGCCCUGCUGCAGAGCCUCCGGCUGGGAUAGCCGCCCCCCGUGGGGGCGAUGCGGACAGCGCGGGACAGCCAGGGGAGCGCGCGGGGGCCGCAGCAUGCGGGAACCCGCUAAACCCGGUGGCUGCUGAGGCGGCCGAGAUGCUCGUGCGCGCAGCGCGCCCCACUGCAUCCUCGACCUUCUCCGGCUACAGGGACCGUAAGUGGCGACUAUGGGCAGACUGGGUUAUUGGACCCUGCUGGUGCUGCCGGCCCUUCUGGUCUGGCGCGGCCCGGCGCAGGGCGCGGCGGCGGAGAAGGGUACCCCGGCGCUGAACAUUGCGGUGCUGCUGGGUCACAGCCACGACGUGACGGAGCGCGAACUGCGAAACCUGUGGGGCCCAGAGCAGGCAGCAGGGCUGCCCCUGGACGUGAACGUGGUAGCCCUGCUGAUGAACCGGACGGACCCCAAGAGCCUCAUUACGCAUGUGUGCGACCUCAUGUCUGGGGCGCGCAUCCAUGGCCUUGUCUUUGGGGACGACACCGACCAGGAGGCCGUGGCUCAGAUGCUGGAUUUUAUCUCUUCGCAGACUUUCAUACCCAUCCUGGGCAUCCACGGGGGCGCGUCUAUGAUCAUGGCUGACAAGGACCCAACGUCAACCUUCUUCCAGUUCGGAGCAUCCAUCCAGCAACAAGCCACGGUCAUGCUGAAGAUCAUGCAGGAUUACGACUGGCACGUCUUCUCCCUGGUGACUACCAUCUUCCCCGGGUACAGGGAAUUCAUUAGCUUCAUCAAGACCACCGUGGACAACAGCUUUGUGGGCUGGGACAUGCAGAACGUGAUCACCUUGGACACUUCCUUUGAGGAUGCCAAGACCCAGGUCCAGCUGAAGAAGAUUCACUCCUCCGUCAUCCUGCUCUACUGUUCCAAAGACGAGGCUGUGCUCAUCCUGAGUGAGGCCCGCUCCCUGGGCCUCACUGGAUAUGAUUUCUUCUGGAUCGUCCCCAGCUUGGUUUCUGGGAACACAGAGCUCAUCCCGAAGGAGUUCCCGUCAGGCCUCAUUUCGGUCUCCUACGACGACUGGGACUACAGCCUGGAGGCGCGGGUGAGGGACGGCCUGGGCAUCCUCACCACGGCCGCGUACUCCAUGCUGGAGAAGUUCUCCUACAUCCCCGAGGCCAAGGCCAGCUGCUAUGGGCAGACGGAGAAGCUGGACACCCCGCCGCACACUCUGCACCAAUUCAUGGUCAACGUGACAUGGGAUGGCAAAGACUUGUCCUUCACUGAGGAAGGCUAUCAGGUGCACCCCAGGCUGGUGGUGAUUGUGCUGAACAAGGACCGAGAAUGGGAGAAGGUGGGCAAGUGGGAGAACCAGACCCUGAGCCUGCGGCACGCUGUGUGGCCGAGGUACAAGUCCUUCUCAGACUGUGAGCCGGACGACAACCAUCUGAGCAUCGUCACCCUGGAGGAGGCCCCCUUUGUCAUCGUGGAGGACAUAGACCCGUUGACCGAGACGUGCGUGAGGAACACCGUGCCGUGUCGGAAGUUUGUCCGAAUCAACAAUUCAACCAAUGAGGGCAUGAAUGUUAAAAAAUGCUGCAAGGGUUUCUGCAUCGAUAUCCUGAAGAAGCUUUCCCGCACUGUGAAGUUCACCUAUGACCUUUACCUGGUGACUAAUGGGAAGCAUGGCAAGAAGGUCAACAAUGUGUGGAACGGAAUGAUUGGGGAAGUGGUCUACCAACGGGCGGUCAUGGCGGUCGGCUCACUCACCAUCAACGAGGAGCGCUCGGAAGUGGUGGACUUCUCCGUGCCCUUUGUGGAGACGGGGAUCAGUGUCAUGGUUUCAAGAAGCAACGGCACUGUCUCACCUUCUGCUUUUCUAGAACCGUUCAGCGCCUCCGUCUGGGUCAUGAUGUUCGUGAUGCUGCUCAUCGUGUCCGCCAUUGCUGUUUUUGUCUUCGAGUACUUCAGUCCUGUUGGAUACAACAGAAACUUAGCCAAAGGGAAAGCACCCCACGGGCCUUCUUUCACGAUUGGCAAAGCUAUAUGGCUCCUCUGGGGCCUGGUGUUCAACAAUUCCGUGCCUGUGCAGAACCCCAAAGGGACCACCAGCAAGAUCAUGGUGUCUGUGUGGGCCUUCUUCGCCGUCAUCUUCCUGGCCAGCUACACGGCCAACCUGGCUGCUUUCAUGAUCCAGGAGGAAUUCGUGGACCAAGUGACCGGCCUCAGUGACAAAAAGUUUCAGAGACCUCACGACUAUUCCCCACCUUUCCGAUUUGGCACGGUGCCUAACGGCAGUACUGAGAGAAACAUUCGUAAUAACUACCCCUACAUGCAUCAGUAUAUGACCAAAUUCAAUCAGAAGGGAGUCGAGGAUGCCUUGGUCAGCUUGAAAACAGGGAAACUGGACGCUUUCAUCUACGAUGCGGCGGUCUUGAAUUACAAGGCUGGCAGGGAUGAAGGCUGUAAGCUCGUGACCAUCGGCAGUGGGUACAUCUUUGCCACCACUGGUUACGGAAUCGCCCUCCAGAAGGGCUCGCCUUGGAAGAGGCAGAUUGACCUGGCCCUGCUCCAGUUUGUGGGUGAUGGCGAGAUGGAGGAGCUGGAGACCCUGUGGCUCACGGGGAUCUGCCACAACGAGAAGAACGAGGUGAUGAGCAGCCAGCUGGACAUCGACAACAUGGCGGGCGUGUUCUACAUGCUGGCGGCCGCCAUGGCCCUCAGCCUCAUCACCUUCAUCUGGGAGCACCUCUUCUACUGGAAGCUGCGCUUCUGCUUCACCGGCGUCUGCUCCGACCGCCCGGGGCUGCUCUUCUCCAUCAGCAGGGGCAUUUAUAGCUGUAUCCACGGGGUGCACAUCGAGGAGAAGAAGAAGUCUCCAGACUUCAACCUGACCGGGUCCCAGAGCAACAUGUUAAAGCUGCUCCGGUCGGCCAAAAACAUCUCCGACGUGUCCAACGUGAACUCCUCGAGAAUGGAUUCCCCCAAGAGGACUGCGGACUUCAUCCAAAGAGGCUCCCUCAUCGUGGACAUGGCUUCCGAUAAGGGAAAUAUGAUCUACUCGGACAACAGGUCCUUUCAGGGGAAAGACAACAUUUUUGGGGACAACAUGAACGAGCUGCAGACGUUUGUGGCCAGCAGGCACAAGGACAACCUCAACAACUACGUGUUCCAGGGACAGCACCCCCUGACUCUCAAUGAGUCCAACCCCAACACGGUGGAGGUGGCCGUGAGCACCGAGUCCAAAGCGAACUCGAGGCCCCGGCAGCUGUGGAAGAAAUCCAUGGAGUCGCUGCGCCAGGACUCGAUGAGCCAGAACCCGGUCUCCCAGAGGGACGAGGGGGCGGCGGAGAACAGGACCCACUCCCUGAAGAGCCCUCGGUACCUUCCGGAAGAGGUGGCCCACUCGGACGUUUCGGAAACUUCGAGUCGGGCCACGUGCCACAGGGAGCCCGACAACAGCAAGAACCACAAGACCAAGGACAACUUCAAGAGGUCCGUGGCCUCCAAAUUCCCCAAGGACUGCAGCGAGGUUGAGCGCUCCUACCUGAAAACCAAAGCCAGCUCCCCCAGGGACAAGAUCUACACCAUCGACAGUGAGAAGGAGCCCAGUUUCCACCUGGACCCGCCCCAGUUUGUGGAAAACAUGGCCCUGCCCGAGAACGUGGACUUCCCCGACCCCUACCAGGACCCCAACGAAAACUUCCGCAAGGGGGACCCCGGGCUGCCCACGAACAGGACCGCCCUGCACAACGAGGACGUGCUCCCCAACAACGACAAACACAAAUUCUACUCCAAGCACUUCACCCUGAAAGACAAGAGCUCCCCUCACAGUGAGGGCAGCGACCGGUACCGGCAGAACUCCACGCACUGCCGGAGCUGCCUGUCCAACCUGCCCGCCUACUCGGGCCACUUCACCGUGCGGUCCCCCUUCAAGUGCGACGCCUGCCUGCGGAUGGGCAACCUGUACGACAUUGACGAAGACCAGAUGCUCCAGGAGACAGGCAGCCCAGCCGCCCAGGAGGAGGUCUACCAGCAGGACUGGGCGCAGAACAGCACCCUCCAGUUCCAGAAAAACAAGCUCAGGAUCAGCCGUCAGCACUCCUACGAUAACAUCGUGGACAAGCCCAGGGAGCUAGACCUCAGCAGGCCGUCCAGGAGCAUCAGCCUCAAGGACCGGGAACGGCUCCUGGAGGGGAAUUUGUACGGGAGUCUCUUUAGCGUGCCCGCCAGCAAACUCUCGGGGCACAAGAGCGCCCUCUUCCCGCAGGGUCUGGAGGACAGCAAGCGGAGCAAGUCCCUCUUGCCCGACCACGCCUCCGAUAACCCUUUCCUCCGUUGCUAUGGGGACGACCGACGCUUAGUCAUCGGGAGAUGCCCCUCGGACCCUUACAAACACUCGCUGCCGUCCCAGGCCGGGAACGACAGCUACCUUCGAUCGUCCUUGAGGUCAACGGCAUCCUACUGCUCCAGGGACAGCAGAGGCCCCGGCGACGUGUACAUUCCAGAGCAUGUUAUGCCUUAUGCUGCAAACAAGAACAGUAUGUACUCUAACCCCAGGGUUUUGAACCCCUGCAGCAAUAGACGUGUGUACAAGAAAAUGCCUAGUAUUGAAUCUGAUGUUUAA